UUCUUCCGGCUAAUCCUGCAGCGACUGGGUUCGCGCAUGCGUAGUGCUGGAAUUAAUAAGAUUAUCGGGAGAAUGCAAUGUUUUUGUUAAAAAAAAAAAAAGAUCAUACAAAUAAAUAUGAAUGACAGUUUGAAUUAGAAUAAUUUUGAUUUGAAUUUACGAUUAAUGGAGAUAUUCAAAUCUGUUUGUUUUUUUACGUCGUAACACCUGCACCGUGGGAAAGAUGGCGGAUUGAAGCUGGUGCAGGAGUUUUGGAGCUCCGUCGUGGUGUCGUGUAGCUGUGAUGAGCAGCAGUUCUGCAAGUCUAGGUCUGGGUCUGGAUCCUGGAGCAGGUAUAAGUGCGGCCCGGGCGUUGUCUCCAGGCGGCAGCCUGCUCCGGCUCUCCGACGUUCAAGGUUACGAGCAACACCGCCUCAACGAUGUCUUACUCCUGCGGCCCGAGGCGCAGGAAACGCGGACGGCGCGCAGCAACAACGCGCACGUCGUGUUCUUCCCCGGAGACAUCCAGAAUUUCCAUCAAGAGAUGGCCGUGCAGCCGGAUGCCUCUCCGUGGAUCUCGUUCAGUCUGGAGCGAGUAGCUUUAACGCUAGGCGUUCGCUUCCCGGGACGGCACGUGUGGCUGGUGCGUCCCUCACGUCUCCACCUGCACAAGUUCAGCUGCUACGUCAACUUCGUUUCGUGCGACAUGUUCGGAGCGCCUCAGCAUUCGCCGGACUACGGAGCAUGGCGCCACUUGCGAGCCCUCCUGGGCCACGCCAUGGAGCGAGCGGCCAUCGCUGAGCCUCUGCCACCACUGGGAGGUGCCCUGGUGCCCGCUCCUCUCCCUGCAGGCUUCUCGCUCAUCCUAGUGGCCUUCAGUAAAGGCUGCGUGGUGCUGAAUCAGAUGGUACACGAGCUGGCGUCAUCUCGCACAGACCCAGAGCUGAUGGAGUUUCUGGAAUGCGUCUCGGACAUGUACUGGCUAGACGGCGGACACCCGGGCACCGGAGACACAUGGGUGACGGAUAAGCAGGCGCUGGCCGAGUUGGCAUCCAGCGGCGUAGCCGUGCACGCCCACGUCACCCCCUACGAAGUGUGCGACCCGGCUAGAGCGUGGGUGGGACGCGAGCACCGGUGCUUCGUCAAGACGCUGGAACAGCUCGGCGCCCGCAUCACGAAAAAACUCCACUUCAAGGACGAGCCAGCGUGCAUCGCAAACCACUUCCGGGUCAUCGAGGAGUUCUGAGAAGAUCGCCGCUAAAGCUUCUCCUGGCUCUCGGGUUCUCUUGCACUUCAAGCCCCGCAACAAAGCACUAAAUAUUUUGGACAAAAAGCGUUCUAAAGCUUUUAUACAGAGUCUUAGGUUUCGACGUUUCCUUAUUCUAGAGGUUCUUACUUUCUCGUUCGUCGCAGGCCACUUUCACCAGAGUCAAUGAAAAAAAAAUAGACCAAAUACCUAAACGUUCAGCUGUAACGUAGAAUAUAUCGUUUUGCUCAGGUUGCAUCGUCUGCUUCGUAAUUAUAAGCCACGUCUCAGAUAAAUUAUUACGUAUAAUAGUGUAUAGAUCGGGUACACUAACGCUCGUAAACAAAAGCCGCGAAUAAAAUCCUGCUAGUAUGACAGAAAGUGCUCACCAGGCAAGUUUCACGUUCUGUUCGCCCCAUCAAGCACGUACAUUAUUAUAAGUAGCACAUAGCGCCAGUAUACAGCUCAUUAUCAUCUAUAGCACAUCGCAUUCGACAAAAGCAUUUCACGUUAGCAAGAUUCGAUGCGAUUCAACCGACGCGAAUAGUAAAAUAGUUUACGGGACGGCUUUCAAUUUCACACCUUGAAAAACGCUCAAUCGCACUCUGACUUGUUUUGCAAAGUCAGUCAAAUCGGAAGACUAAUGUUUACAACCGUGUGGAUUCUGCUUGUGGUUAUGCUAUUGCUGCCAGCUUCAGUGUAAGACUUUAGCUUGUGAGGCUGCAACGAUUCCAGCACCUGGAUGCACUCGUGUCGGACCUGUACUGUGUUUCACGUGCAGGCGAGUGUCGCCAUUCCAUGCUUUUAUAAAUAUAUGUUCUUGACACAUUUGUUCUGUUGGGAUUACUUAAUAAUAAAGUAAUGCUGAGCUCAGUUAUUAGCCACAGUGGCAUCCUUUGUGUUGUGUUGUUGUGUUGUGGUGGUGGUACCUCUGUUCUGCUGGAUACAGUCAUUGAGUCGACCAUGAACUCCUCUGUAUAGUAACGUACCUCCGUCGCCGGUUCCCCACUGUUCCUUCCUUGGAGCACUUUUGAUAGUUACUGACCACUGCAGACCAGGAACAUCCCACAAGAGCUGCAGUUUUGGAGAUGCUCUGACCCAGACGUCUAGACAUCACAUUUUGGCCCUUGUCAAACUCGCUCAAAUCCUUGCUCUCCCCCAUUUUUCCUGCUCCUAACACGUCAACUUUGAGGAUAAAAUGAUCACUUCCUGCAUAAUAAAUCCCACCCACUAACGGGGGCCAUGAUGAUGAGGUUAUCAGUGUUCUUCACUUCACUGCACAUAAUGCUGGAAGGCAAUCUGGCCAAAAACUUCGUCAAAAUUGGGUCAUGCAACAGGACAAUGAUCCCAAGCACACCAGAAGAUCUACAACAGAACAAAGAACAAAAUCAAAGUCCAGACCUAAAACCCGACUCAAAUGCUGGACCUUGAGAGAGCUGUGCAUGAACAUCUGCCCAGAAACCCCAAUGAGCUAAAAAUAUAUUGAGAAGAUUGAGCUCAAAUUCCAUCACAACCUAAAACUAGACUGUUAGUCGUGCAGAACACCAUUGUUAACAAAUGUGCUAGCUCAGCGUUUAAGGCAUUUGACUUUGAAUUGGAAGGUCAUGAGGUCAAAUUUCCAGCACCUCCACUGCAACAAGACCCUUAACUCACAAAUGCCCAGUUGGAAGUUGUUCAGGAUAAAGGGGGCAUCUGCAAACAAAUAAAUGUAAAAUGUAAUUAAAGAUGGUUCUACAAGCUACUGAAGCUACCGGUGGACUUCCUGACAUGGAUGAUUAGGAUGUCCUGAUAAGGUAGGACAAAGAGGGGGUACUUUCUUUUUACACCACCAUAUAACAUUUAAAAACUGAUACAAACCAUCUAAGGUUCUGGGUAAAGACUGGAAGAGGUCUGUCUGAAUAUUUGAUUCUGAUUGGCUGGUAGUUGUGAAACCGGAAAGUUCUGGUCAAUUGAAUCACUAAAUUUUAUGCUUAAUAAAUCAAGCAAACCUGCAUUUACAUUUACGGCAUUUGGCAGACGCUCUUAUCCAGAACCACUUACAAUUAUGACCUUUAUACAACCGAGCAGAAAUGGGGUUAAGGGCCUUGUUUAGGGGCCAAGAUGUGGCUGGGAUUUGAACUAACGACCUUCGGAACACGAGUCGAAAGCCUCAACCAAUAAGCAAUGGUCACAUGACCAUGGUAAUUGGUUAUAUGUUCACAGGUGAUUUGCAUUUCAAGGCUUUUUGGCUUGCAAUUAGCUAAUAAAUGAGCAUCUGAAGGUUAGGGGCCUCACUCAAGGGCCCAGCAGUUGGUGGUGAACGUUGUUAAUGACUAAAAUUUGUGCAUAUAUAAGCAGCCAACUAUUAAAUAAAUACCAUCCUUGGACCUGGCAAAUGAUCGCAGUGUACAUUCACUGCAACUACCUGAGAUUUGCUUGUUAAAAAAAUUAAUAAAUAAUGAUAUAUAAAAUAUAAAAUAAAAUAUACACCACCUUGGAACGUGAAGGGCCGUGCCACUCGUUGAACACAUACCAAUUCGGAUGCCACUGUAUGCGUGGCAUGCGGUUUGCCAGGUUUUUAACCCGACAUGUCAAGGCACAUGCUACUCCCUCAUUAAAUUCUGCAAAGUAAAAAAAAAAAAAAACUCCUGCCUGCCUUAGAAACGAACAAAACAACACACAAUACACACUGGAAGGGAAUUUGAUUUGAUUUAUUUGAAACCCACAGAAUUGUUCAGAUGUUCAGUCAUGGCACUUUAAGACGGAGACAAACCCGCAUGACGCACUUUUGCAGAACGCUUUCAAAACAUCUGUAUUGGUCAGCUAGAACAAAAUCAUUGUUACUACCAUGUGAAUGGUGUAAAAAUGACAUGAGCUGCAUAGUACUAUCAAAAUCCUCAGCUAUCAGCCCUGAAAGCCCGUCGCAUGACGUCCCUGAGGUGUGUGAACCUGGUUGAAGAUGAGAAACACGUCGGGUUUAUGUCAGCAGAAUAUUGCAGGUAGGUGGUGUUAAUUUUAAAAUUCAACAAAACUUCCAGAUCUUAUCAAGGUAUUGGUGACACAAACCAUCAUGAGAUAUCAAGGUUGGAGGAUGGUUUUGAGCGACAGGAGCGAUCUAGAUCUCAUCAAGGUAUUGCUCGCACAAACCAUCAUCUUGGUGGCAUCAUGGUUUGGAGCAAGAGAAAAUGUCAACAAGGUAUUGGUCAUACAAAACCACGAUGAGACAUCAUGAGAUCAUGGUUUGGAGUUUGAGGACUUCCAGGUCUCACCAAGGAGAUCUGUCUCAUGUCGCUCCAAACCAUCAUGAAACAUCUUGAGACUUUCAUAUCUCACAACGGUAUUGGUCACACAAACUGUAACGAGAUAUCUUGGUGUCAUCAUAGUUUGGAGCAAGAGAAAAUGUCAACAAAGUAUUGGUCAUACAAAACCACGAAGAGACAUCAUGAGAUCAUGGUUUGGAGUUUGGGGACUUCCAGGUCUCACCAAGGAGAUCUGUCUCAUCAUGGUUUGUAUCACCAAUGCCUUGAUGAGACCGGUCUCCUGUCGCUCCAAACCAUCAUGAGACAUCAGACAACAGAAAACAUCCAAAACGAGGUAUUAGUCAUCUGAGACAUCAUGGUUUGAAGAAACAAGAAAUUCGUUUUACAGACGACUCGUUUUCUCUGCGACAUCUCCACCAAAAACACAUCCCUUCAACUUACUUGAACCAACAUACCGCCUCUCGAAGGCCCAAAAAAUACUAUUUCCGGUUCGACGCUCUCUCGCGUCGCGAUAAGACGAAAUAUCGCGUUCAUCAGAUCACAGCCACUUAAACAAUUCUUUCUCGGCAAUACUGUAUCUCAGUAGAACCAACCACCUGUCUUAGCUUCAGGCUGGAGAAUUUCUCACACUCGAUUUUCUCAGUUCUAUUUCCCAGACAAUGAGCCGCCUCUCCAAUAUAACAUUAUACAACAUUGGCACUUUAUCUCCAAAUACCAACGUCACACAUAUCCAUCUGCAUCCUGCAUGUUUUAGACCAGCCCUUGUUCAUAUA